AUGAUAGCUGCAGCUGUAAGGGCACGCUGUAUUCGUCCCCAACUUCUCCGUUCGACUUUGAUGCCUUCACUGACAAUGGCACGCAUGCCUGUGCGUGCUUUUGCAUCCGAGUCGGGCGCUCAGGAAAUGACGGUGCGCGAAGCACUCAAUUCUGCUAUGGAGGAGGAAAUGCAUCGUGAUUCCAAGGUGUUUCUGCUUGGUGAAGAGAUUGCCCGCUACAACGGUGCAUACAAGGUUACCAAAGGACUGCUUGACAAGUUUGGUGAGGAUCGUGUGAUUGAUACACCCAUCACCGAGCAGGGCUUUGCUGGUCUUGCAGUGGGUGCUGCUUUUGCGGGUCUGCGUCCUGUUUGUGAGUUUAUGACAUUCAACUUCGCUAUGCAGGCUAUCGAUCAAAUUGUUAACUCUGCUGGUAAAACACACUAUAUGUCGGCUGGUCAAGUGACCGUUCCAGUCGUGUUCCGUGGCCCUAACGGUGCCGCAGCGGGUGUAGCUGCUCAGCACUCGCAGGACUACACCACUUGGUAUGGUCAAAUUCCUGGUCUCAAGGUCGUGAGCCCUUACAGCUCCGAGGAUGCCCGUGGCCUCCUCAAGGCCGCGAUUCGUGACCCGAACCCCGUGGUCUGCCUUGAGAACGAAAUUUUGUAUGGUCACUCGUUCUCCGUCUCUCAGGAAGCCCUGUCGGAAGAUUUUUUGAUUCCUAUUGGCAAGGCAAAAAUCGAACGUCCUGGUAAGGAUGUGACGAUUGUGGCGCAUUCUAUGGGUGUGGCUCAUGGCCUGGAAGCUGCUGAGUCUUUGGCUAAAGAGGGCAUCGAAGCCGAGGUAAUCAACCUGCGCUCAAUCCGUCCCCUGGACAUUGACGCUAUCGUGGAAAGUGUGAAGAAGACAAACCGUCUCGUAACGGUGGAAGGUGGUUUCCCUGCGUUUGGUCUUGGAAGUGAGAUCUGCGCUCAGGUCAUGGAAACUGAGGCGUUCGACUAUCUCGACGCACCCGUGGAACGUGUUACUGGUGCGGAUGUUCCGACACCGUAUGCUUAUAAUCUCGAGACGCUGUCUUUUGCCACGUCCGAGAUUGUUGUCAAGGCAACAAAGCGUGCCUUGUACCGUGUGUAG